AGGUAUGUCACGCACCUGAUGAAGAGGAUUCAGAGGGGCCCGGUGCGGGGCAUCUCCAUCAAGCUGCAGGAGGAGGAGAGAGAAAGGAGGGAUAACUACGUCCCCGAGGUCUCAGCCCUGGACCAGGAGAUCAUUGAAGUUGAUCCUGACACCAAGGAAAUGCUGAAGCUCUUGGACUUCGGCAGCCUCUCCAACCUGCAGGUCACUCAGCCGACCGUGGGGAUGAAUUUCAAAACACCUCGUGGAGCUGUUUAAUCUACUUUGCUGUAAUAUUUUCAAUAAACCGGGACACCAACCUUGCCUCUGA